GGGAAAUAAUGAGAAACUGGUUUACGUGUCUUAUCUGUGUAUAUAGUUUAUACAAAAACCCAAACAAACAGCCACGGAUCGCUGCACAAAAGGUGUGACGGCCGACCACGCAACGCAUAAUACGAGUCAAGGAAAUUCCGGGAUUUGCACACAACUCCCGGGGUCAAAUGAAUGACCUCGCCAACGACAUCGCACGCCGGGGGCCUUGACCUUCUUAUCACAGUCGCGCGCAGUCGAGGUCCCGCCAUCCGGAACGUGCGCGUCGUCGUGCUCGUCUGCGGCUCAUGCGCUUGCACGUGCGGAAGUGACACGACGACGGACGACGACAGUUCCACCACAAGCAGCAGAUCAACUCAUUGUCGUGCUGCACGCUGCUGGUGUUUGGCUGCACGACGUUCGCUGGGUGUGUGGGUGGUCGUCACGUGGUGCUGGUCCUCCCCACCCUGACCCCUUCACGUCGCUGACCCCUUGUUGAGGAUGUGACUGUGCAUAAAAUUUCCUUUGGUUAUCUGACUUGUUAAAGCUGCUCGUAACCAACAACAGCAUUAAAGAAGUGCAAACCACAUCGAAAAAAAAAACAACAACAACCAUCGAGGAGACAAUAAUAUGAGCAACUGCUUGUGUUCAUUUGGAAACGGGAAAGUGUGAACGGAGUCUAGUCCUAGCAUCGUGUCGACCGGAGGUACAACAAUGGAAGACAUCUAUGAAAACAUUCACACACCUGCACAGCAGGCGACCAACACCUUGGCCCAGAGCCCUCCCACCUCCAGCGAGAACCUGUACCACUACAUGGUGGGCGCCCAGGCCGCCAUCAAGCAGCUGAAGGAGGGAGUGGUGGUCACCGUCUACUCACUCAAGCGCAAACCAGAGAGACUGCAUCUGAUGGCACUUCCGGAUCUCUGUCUCCUGCAGUGUGUCCGUGCACUUGGGGCACGCCCAGAAAUCACAGUUGACCUGAGCCGCGUGCAGGAGGUCCGACAGGGCAAACGCAGCGCGGACUUCGACAAGUGGCCGGAGGAGUCCAACAGGGAGGACAGCGCCCUGUGUCUCGUCAUCUUCUACGGCACAGAGGGACUACCGCAGCCUCUGGCUCUGGCAGCUCGCAGUCGGGAGGAGUACGCCGUGGUGGUGGAGGCAGUGCGCGCCCUGGACAUCGCCGCCCGCUCGCAGAACUACCAGGCUCAGCGACUAAGAUGGUUUAUGCGGCAGUUUCACGAGUCACGUGGUUCCUACCCGGGGCUGGCAGUGGACGAACGGUUGUCUUUAAAACAGUUUCGCAGCUGGUUGCUAAGAAACAGCCUGAUUGUCAGGAAAGCUGUUCUCCAAGGCCUUCUGACCAAGUACGGUAUGAGCUCUACCCUGCGGUUGUCGAGCUUUGUUCAACUCGUGAAAGAGAUCAUGCGGAUUCCUUCGGUCACCAAGCGGUUUCAGAAAUACUUCGUACACAAAGAUGGAAGCCAGUAUGUUACACCUGUGACAUUCCUGAACUUCCUGCAGCGGGAGCAGUUUGAGGCUGAAACCAAUGAGGCACAAGCAAAAGAGCUGCUGAAAAAGUUCUUGAUGGGGGAAGAAAAUAGAUUCCCGUCUUCUCUCAAUCUCUCAGUCACAGAAUUUGAAGAUUUCCUGUUCUCGCCCUUCAACUCCGUGUGGAAACCUGCGUUUGAGCGCGUGCACCAGGACAUGAGCCUGCCUCUCACCGACUACUGGAUAGCAUCUUCUCACAACACGUACCUGGUGGGUAACCAGCUGAAGGGACAGUCCUCUGAAGAGAUGUAUGCCCGCUGUCUGCGAGCCGGCUGUCGCUGUUUGGAAUUGGACUGUUGGGAUGGCAGCGAUGGACAGCCUAUCAUUACCCACGGGUACACUCUCACCUCCAAGAUCAAGGUCGCUGAGGUGCUGAAGGUGAUCAAGGAGAAUGCCUGGGUGGCCUCAGAGUAUCCCAUCAUCCUGUCGCUGGAGAAUCACCUGAGCCUGGGGCAACAACGGUUGAUGGCGCGUAUGAUGAAAGAUGUGUUUGGAGAUGAGCUCCUGACGGAACCAGUGGACCAGAACGAAUCAGUGAUGCCCUCGCCGGAACAACUGAAGCGAAAAAUUAUCAUCAAGGACAGAAAGCUGCGGACAGACAGCUGUGCUGCAGAAGGUGAAGACGGAUCCAGCGGAAGACAGGCUGGUAAAAAUGCCUCGCUGCUCCUGAAAAACCCACAGACUGGUACCUGGGAGCAGCACACCUUCGGCCUGACCGACACAACGCUGUUCUUCACGAGAGACAAAACCGCUGACGACGACGACGAGGAGGAUGAGGAUGAAGCGCUGGAAGACAUCGACUACGAGGAGUAUUUCGAUGAGUACGACAGUGACGAGGAUGAAGACGACCUGAAGUACCAGCCGUGGUAUUACGGAAUGAUUGCACGCCGCGAGGUCAAGAGGUUACUGAAGGAGCCGGAAGUUGGAUCACAGGCGCCGCAAGAUGGCGCCUUUCUCGUCAGGCUCAGCGAGCGAGGAGACAGCUAUGUCCUUUCUUUCAUCUGGGAGGGGGAGCUGAAGCAUGUGCGAGUAAAGACCCGUGAGGAGGAGGGUCGCACCCUGUACACCUUCGGCAACGAGGUGUGGUACCCGACCAUCACCGAGCUCGUCCGCUACUUCCGCACUCACCGUCUGUACAUCGCCGACGUGCAUCGACACCUGUACCUGGACAAACCCGUGUGCAAACCAUUCGAGCGCAUCAACGCUGAUUGGUAUCGUCCGGACAUGAGUCGGUUCCAAGCCGAAAGACUUCUGCUCCGCAUUCCUGAUGAAGGGGCCUUCCUGGUGAGGAGCAGCUCGGAGCCGGGCAGCCUCUCUCUCUCCUUUAGGCGCAGGAAGAAGAUAAGCCACUUCCAGAUCUACAAGCGGGGCAAGGCCUACGUGUGCGGCACCUACCGCUUCCUGUCCCUGCAGAAGAUGGUGGACUACUUCCGCCGGCGACCACUGUAUCGCAAGACAAAGCUGACCGUGGCGGCUACUGAGGAGAUCGCUGUGGCCAACGUGGACGAGGAGUGUGAGCUGUACGGAGGACUCCUGUACUGCGACCCAUCCGACCUGAGAUGCGAGAGGCGGAUGAGUGUGCGCGCGCUGUACGAUUUCAUGGGACAGGACUCGGAGCAACUGUCUUUUACGCGCGGAGCGACCAUCACCAACGUCCGAGAGGAAGACAAACCCUGGUGGCGGGGUGACUACGGUGACCAGAAGCAAAAGUAUUUUCCGGCCAACUAUGUGCAGAUCAUUCCCGAGACGGAUGAAAGUGAGACUCAACAAAUGGUCAUGGAUGACACACUCGCCUUCGAGUCCCUCUACGUUGAUGCCGGUCCCUACAACCAGAAGGACAUACAGAAGUUUGCCUUCCACAUACAUGCACCCGGAUACAAGACCCCCCUGGUGGUGGGGUGCAAUUCCUUGCUGCAGCUGGAGGAAUGGGUAGAAGCCAUCAGAGAAGGCAUCGCCCGAGCUGGAGUCUUGCAAACAGAGAGGGAGCGCCAGGAAAAGACUCAAAAGCGAGCCAAGGAGUUGUCUGACUUGAUUGUUUACUUCCAGUCAACGUCCUUUGAUCCAAAUAGCACCAGACGAUACUACCACGUGUCAUCACUCAGUGAGGACAAAGUCAACUCUGUGGUGGAGGGAGCGUUGCUAAGAGCCUCUCGUCAUCAGAUGCUGAGGGUGUACCCUAAGGCCACCCGUAUCACCUCGAAUAACUUCGAUCCGACGGCGAUGUGGGUGCUCGGCAUCCAGAUGGUGGCGCUGAACUACCAGACCCCUGACUGCCCCAUGCAGAUCAACCAGGCCCGCUUCCUCACAAACGGCAGGAGUGGUUACAUUCUCAAACCAUCUUUUCUACGAAAUCCAAAGAAUUCCAUUUCCGAUGUCAUGAACUUGAAGGUGCCGUCAGAACCCAUCUACCUGACAGUGACGGUGCUUGCCGCCCGUAACUUAUGUUCUUCCGGCCGGAACCUGGGAGUUAUCCGCCCCUUUGUGGUAGUUGAGAUCAUAGGCUUGCCGCUGGACAAUCGAAAGUCAAGAACCAAGGCUGUAGAUGAGGACAACGGCCUGAAUCCUGUGUGGAAUGAAGAACCAACCAAGUUUGAUGUGUCCUGCCCGGAGCUGGCCUUCCUCCGCUUUGAGAUCCUGACGGAGGUCAACGACAACAAGGCUUCCAUCGCCCAGGCAACCUUCCCGGUCAGCGGACUGCGACAAGGUUACCGCAGUGUGCCGUUGAGGAACAAGUUUAGCGAGACACUAGAUAUGACCUCACUCCUUAUUCACCUCGAGAUCAAGACUCCAAGGGACGCGACGGAGGAGAACCUGUUCCGAGUCAUGGAGGGGGUGCGAAGGUACCGGGCGGAGCUGAGUGCCCAAGAUACCGGACGGGACCAACAAAUCCACAAGGAGCUGCUGAAGGUGGAGCAGAAGCUGCUCGACUACCUGCAGGUGGCGCGGAGACGAGGUUCCGACAUGAACACAUACAAUGGCCACAGCUGAAGAUGCAAUACUACCAGAGGGUCAACCACUGCACCGUACUCACACAGGUGCUGCCGCUUGUUGCUGACCUUUUCUCCUCCAGCUCCAGCUGAGGUCAUGCCAGUCAGUGCAUUGCGCGCGAUGACGUCAGAAUAACUCGGGGGUGGAGACACUCGCUCUAAUGUCGUCAGAGAUCGGACAAGCCUCGUGCUUUCUCGUGACUUGACGAUAGGGUGCCACCAGCACGUGCCUCACACAAAGACAAAAUCAGAUUUCUCCUGAUUUAUUUUUUUUUUCGCCGACGCUCUGAUUUUCGCUGGCUGCAGCCAGAAGGGAGGGCAGGAAGAUGGUUGACUGUUCGCCUUGUGACUCUAGCAGUGUCUUCGGGACCCGGAUAAUGACCGUUGAGGAACUUUUAUCCGAAGAACUUUGUUGGUUUGCUUUUAAACUUUGUGAAAUUUUGAAAAAUCUCUCUUCUUUUAUCAAGAAGUCAACCACAUUUCUGAAAGACUAAAUAUAAGUGUUAUUUUUACUCUUUCAGUCGUCUACUAUUUUUUUGGUUGGAUGUUUAACCACUCGGAGACAGUUAAUAUACACAACGUCGGAAUUACAUGUUAACACACUCCAGGUGCUGUCAAUCCUGUUGUCAACUGUAGGCAAGAAGAAACAGUUUAUGUCUCAAGUUCUUCUGCAAGGUUAUUCACCUAAAAGUUUCUUUGGUUCCAUUGUGUCGCCAUUGAUUAGUGAAACUGUAAAAAUGGAUAGGUCAACACAAUGCAUAAUAUUGGAGUAUUCCAGCAUAUUCUUUCAAAAACUUUGUGGGGUUUGAAUUGCUUUUUGUGUUCUGCUAAAAGUAUGCGCCUACAAAAACCUGGAAUUAUUUUGAUGUCGGUCUUCACUGUGAUGACGACAGCUCAACGCAACAACCAACAAAUGCAGCAUAACGAGUGACAUGAAUAUUUAACAAAAAAACAGGAGAUUAGAAUAUUUUUAUGAGGUGCUUUCAUUUCGAAAAGCCCUCGUGACUAUAAGGCUUGUGAAAAUAGACUUUUUUUUUUUCCUUUUUAUUCCUUUUUCAGCAGUUUACUCGAGAGCAGUAUUCAUUUGUUACCACUUACUGAAAGUAUUGGUGAUUGUGGGGAUUGGUAUGUGACAGUUGCUUCUGUGGGCUGUGUGGUCAAUACAUCUUGCUACGACAACGAUGCAGAGGAACGCCCUGAAGUGAAUGAACUCUGGCCACAUACGUUAUCAGCUUUUAUGUGUUGUGCAUGUAUAAGGUACACCGACUGAUAAAUGAAAGCUCUGGCACAACCAUCUGUGUGUGUGUGUGCGCGCGCACGUGCGUGGACAUUUGCAAUCCAACUUUUAUUGGGGAAGUAGAUAACAGGUGUAAGUACAAGACUUCCUCUUUGUUGUUUGUUUUUGUUUUUCGGAUUCCGCUUCACCCUAACGCAUCAACUUUAAGCUUCAUGAGUUUCUAUAGCUUGAGUUUCCACCAUGUUCGCCUUGUUUGUUGUUUACUAUAUACCCUGCACUCUCAGACUGCGGGAACAUACAUCUUUGAGUUUCUAUAUUUAAAUAUAUCAGUUGCUGAAAUCAGAAUAUUAAAAAUAUGUUUAUGAAACUGAUUUGGAGAACCACAACUCAGCAUUUCUCAUGUUUUAUUCAUUUUGUUUCAAAUGCUUGUGUUUAGACAAUGUUUCUGGGACUGUCAGUGUCAAUAGCUUUUUCAGGUCAAAACACCAAUACGUUCGUAAAUAAACUUAAAGUAUAA